GUGCACUGCAUGAAGUGUGUUCCUGCAAUGCUGGCCUCCGAAUUCAUUGAGCAAACGGAACAUUCAUUGAAACGUACAUCCAACGGAACACCAGUUGACUUGAGCCUAUGCUUCUCGGGUGGUAAUGUCCAGCGACUUUCCUCUAGGUACAAUCCCCGAGCGUCUGCGUUGUUCCAAUUGCCAGCAAUUCGUCAAGCGACCCUACAAAACGCCCUGUUGCGAACAGUCCAUCUGCGGUAACUGUCGUGAUGAUCUUCCUCCCUCGUGUCCAAUAUGUGACCAUUCCCCAACCACCCCGGAAGACUGCACAGAGAACCCGAGUUUGAAGACAACAGUGGCAGUAUUUCUGAGGAUGGCAGAGAAAAAGUGGAAGGAUGCUCAGACGAAGGAAGCCAAGAAAAGGGUGGCUGAACAGUUCAAUGUGCAAGGCUCCGGUACUGAUCCCGACGUACCAACCUUGAAGCUGGAAGUGAGUGGUGGACAGAAGAGCGAUGAAGUCCAGGAUAACACUGAUAGCGACAAUAACACAGCAGCCAAUGGUGGCCUGGCGGAUCUGUCCGCACAGUGGUCUGUUCAAAAUCAGAACCCUUAUGCGUCUGCGAGUAGCAUGAUGGGUCUCUACGGAAAUAUGGGUACUUCGGGAAUGUUCAACCCACUUUCAAUGGGCAUGGGUGGCUACCCUAUCGUUAAUAUGCGCUUCGGUGCUGUUGGCGGAACAGCGAACGGAGGUGUGAAUGGCAAAGGCGACAAUUGGGCUGCCCAUCAGCAACAUCACAGACAGCAGCAACAUCAGUCUCAACGGCCGGUACCCGUCGAGCGGUCAUCAGACACUAUGGCCCACGUCGAAGCCAAAUCAGGCCAUAACAUGCAAGAUUUGUCUGGCUCGGAGUCAACAAAUGGCACGGCAAAGCAUGAGUUAGACCUGACCUCAGGGCCGAACAAUACUACUCAGAAGCUGGACCCUGAUAACGUGCAAGCUCGUAUUGAUGCUAUUAUCAAAGCUUCCGCGAGUGCAUCGCCUGCACCUCCUUCCGAUAUGGCUCCUAAACCGAUCGCACAUUUCCCUGCAGGUCAUGCUAUGUAUGCCUCCGAAGUUGGUGACCUUGGUGGGAUGUCUGGCUCUUAUCAGCAAUACGCUCAUGGGCGAGCGAUUCAGGCGUACCGUGGAGCAUGGUCAAUGGGAACGCAUCCUGCUGGUCGAGGGUCAUCGACUCUACCGCCAGCCCCAGUUAUUGUGGAAGGGGCGCCGAUUGGUCCUCGAAGCAAUGUGCCUUCGAUUCGUGGUGGUCGUGGUAAUUUCCGUGGUGGUAUGCAGCUGCGAGGAGGUUUCGGCUCGAGAGGUCGGACUGGACAUACUUCUGACCUGGGAAAUAUCCUAGGUGCUAUGAGGUCGCACGGGCCUCAGGACGAGCCGAUGUUUAAUGAUGAGUACAGAGGGAAAAGUGCAAGUCGAAAUAUCGUUCCUUCCCCAGAAGUCGCGAAAGGUCGCGAUCAAUGUCGAGGUCAAGAUCACGCAGCAAAAUCAACACGUCGGGGGAUCGACUUUGUUCGCGAUCGAGAACCCGAUCCCCGAAUUAUACGAAGCGCGGUCGCUCCGCUAGUAGCAAGGAUCGCCGCAGCAGAAGUAAGAGUAAGAAUCGCAGUGCAAGCAGAAGCCGAAGCCGAACGAGACAUGCGAAGCGGCGUAAGCAUAGGUCCUCGCGUCGGCAUAAGCGUGAAUCUUCUUCGCCGCGGCGAUCCAGGUCAAGGUCUAGGUCCAGAGAACCGACACAGACAAGAUCAUCUCGCUCUCGCAAGGAAGGACUUGCGAAAGACUCCACGAGACGCAGGCGGCGUAGUGGUUCUCGGUCUAGACGUCACGGAAAUUCUAAGUCACCUCACCAGUCCUCGCGCCGUCGCAGACGAGACCGAUCGUCCACACCUCGUGAAGAGAGGCGAACUCGGAAACGCCACAGGCAUGAUCGAAGUCAUCGUGACAGAAGCAGUUCCCGCCGUCGGACGAGAGACACACCUCGAAGCUCGAAGUAUGAUGAUGGGGAAACGCUGGAAGAACGCGAAGCGCGCGUGGAGCGAGAGAGAGAAGAAGAGCGGUGGGAAGAAAGGAGAUAUACUUAGCUAAUUGAGAAUCGUAUUUCUAUUUCCAGAUAAACUUCCAGGUUGUUUCCC